AUGAAGAAAAUUUUUCUAGGAGGACAAAAAUUGGAGAAUAGGUAUGAAGCAAUUUUGGUAAUUAGGAAAAUACCAAAUAAAAGGGCUUUUUCUGAAAAACAACAAGAUGGAAGUAGUGGGAAUAGCAGAGAUGCCAGUCAGUGUUCAUUGUCAACAUUUCUAAAUACGGCUAGUUGA